AGGAGGAGCUGCACUUGCUAGGAAAGCAGUUUACACACACAUACAUACAUACACACACACACGCACGCACACACAUAUACACACACGCACGCACACUCACACACACACACACACGCACGCGCGCUCUGGUGGUGAAGGACCUCUCCCACAGCAACAAGGAUGAGGGGUAUAUUCUCAGUAACGAUCAUGCUGCUUGUGGCUUUGACCAUUGCUGUGGAAGCCGUAAAGACGAAAGAGAAAGGGAAGGAGGUGAAAGCAGAGAGUGACUGCUCUGAGUGGCUGUAUGGGAGAUGUGUGCCCAACAGUGGCGACUGUGGCGUGGGUGUUCGUGAGGCCACCUGCAAUGAGCAGACCAAGAAACACAAGUGUAAAGUGCCAUGCAACUGGAAGAAGGACUUUGGAGCUGAUUGCAAGUACAAGUUUGGCCGCUGGGGGGAGUGUGAGGCAGGCACUCGAAGCAGGUCUGGAGUACUGAGGAAAGCGCUGUUCAAAGCUGACUGCCAGGAGACCAUUAAGGUGAACAAACCUUGCAAUCCAAAAACGCCCAAACCCAAGGGCGGGGAGAAGAAGGCGAAGAAAGGGAAGGAAAAUUAAGUAAUCCAGUGUGUCCCCCUUUCCCCAACCUUUAAAUGGAAUGACGCUUAAUAUUGCAAUGAAGGAUAAAAAUUGUAACCCUAUCUAUAUUUGAUUCUGUCUUUUGUUGGUACAAUUGUGAUCGUUUCCUUUGUCAUAUUUUUAAAUAAUUCCUGUAGAAAGCUGGUAACUGUAAUUUACUUUACAUUUAUAAAUAGUGAAACACAGAAAACCAUUAUUUACUAAAGAUGCAUGUCUGUAUGGACAUUUUUGGCCCUUGAAAAUGGAUCUAAAUACUGCAACAGUAGAGAAAUGAUUUAACACACAGUGAUCAACUGGCUUUAUAUAUGUAUAUGUCAAAUAAAAUAAAACCCUCAAAUUUUUAGUACACUUGCAAUGGUAGACGAGCUACGUAUCUAUGCUUAUAAAUGUUUCUUGAUUUGUAAUCAAUGUACAAUCAACAUCACUAACGGAUACUUCUUCAGGUCUGUGAAUAAAUAAGAAAAGUUUUUUUUUCAA